CACACAACUAUUAAACUGUCCACUGGUCAACUAGUCCUCUGAUAGUUUUCAAUAGGCUUGUUCGGGUUUCCUUAAAACUCGAUGCAAACCGUCCGAGAACUAGUGGAACAGUUCAUUUCUAAAGUAUACGUCGCACACAACUAUUAAACUGUCCACUGGUCAACUAGUCCUCUGAUAGUUUUCAAUGUAUUUUAAAGAACCCGAACAGACCUUAUGUAUUUUAAAGAACCCGAACAGACCUAAUAAUAUACUGUGGUUCAGUGGUCCCGACAAUACCACAAAUCUUGAACUAUAACCGGGUCUUCCUAUUGUUAUAGUUUAUACAUUGCAAAAAUGGUGAAGAUAAAUAAUAUAAGCUUGAUUGCGAAAUCAUACUCAUUCACGGUGCCCACUGGAAAUACCUACCCAAGAAGCGAAACUAAGGCAUUCUGCUCAACAAACUUGUAACUUUUGGAUUAUCUAAUAAUCUUUCCUCCAUGCUUUUAGCGGUCGGUUUAUUCCGAUUAGUGACAUGAACGUUUAUGAUAGAUUGUUAUUUGGACGUCUAUAGCCGUUUAUGAGGAUAUAUUUACGGAAGCAGCAAUUCAAACGCGCUAAAUUCAAAUUAACAUGACAUUGCUGUCUGGCCAAAAUAUAAAUAUCGCAUAUCCUAAUCAAAAUGGGAAUUGAUUAUUAUGGAAUAUUGCAGAUUCCAAGAAAUAGUACAGAUCUAGAAAUAAAAAAGGCGUACCGAAAUUUGGCAUUGGAAUUUAAAAAAGAUCUAUUAGAUAAUCCACAAGCAACCCAAGUAUUUUCUUUAAUAGGGGAAGCAUAUGAUGUCCUUAGUAAUCCUGCUCGUAGGGCUAUUUUUGAUCAAUAUGGAGAAGAAGGCCUUAAAAUGGGAGUACCCAUGGUUGAUGGGUGUUUCCCAGCCUAUCAUUAUCAUGGCGAUCCUGUAGCAACAUAUAAGGAUUUUUUUGGAACCACUUCUCCUUUCGCCGAUCUUUUAGACGUUCUUAGAAAUCCCCCAUUGCUUCACCAACUUGCUGACGGCACAAAAUGUCUUAGAAAAAAACAAGACCCUAUAAAACAUCCCCUUCACUUAACCCUACAUGAAGUGUAUUUUGGGGGCGUUAAAAAAAUGAAGAUUCAUAGAUUGGUGUUUACAAAUGCUGAAAGAACUACUACUGAGGUCAAAGAAAAAAUUUUGAAUGUUCCGAUUAAACCAGGAAUCAAAGCAAAAACAGAAAUUAUUUUUCCAGAUGAGGGUGACCAAAAUCCUGCUACAAUUCCAGCUGAUGUUGUAUUUAUAAUCGAGGAUAGACCACAUGACAAUUUUGUUAGAGAUGGUAAUAAUCUGAUAAUGACUGUUACAGUGUCUUUAGAAGAAGCCCUUUUAGGUACCACAGUGACAGUUAAAACUGUAGACCACAGAACCAUCAGGAUACCUAUAACCGAUGUUAUCAGUCCUGGUUAUGAAAAGAUUGUUGAUAAUGAAGGAAUGCCCAUUUUGGAACAAUACCCCGAUAAAGGAAACUUAAUAAUAAAGUUUAAUGUGACUUUUCCAACUUAUUUGCCCAAAAAUUGUAAAGAAAUAUUCAGAAAAGGCUUCCAUUUGUGUAAACUUGAAGGUGGUGGAAUCCAGCAUGAAGUUAUCAACAAAAUGGUACUGGCAGAUAAAAUUCUUCGCAUUGACCCUGACGAACAAAUGCCACCAAUGAUAAGAAAUUAUUAAGAAUUUUAUUUCCAAAAAUUAUAAAAUGAAAUAUAUUUGACACAUUAUUUAUUCUAGUUAUAAAGUAAAUAAAUGAUUUUUUUUCUUCAGAAUAUCUAUUUUUUUUUUGUUUUUAUAAACAAAUAAAGUAUCUUAACAUUUAAUUUUAUCUCAAAAGUAAGACAAUGUUCACUUUUUCUACAAAUAUUCCAAUUUUUUUUUAAAUAGAAUAACUAAAGAAGAUCACGAUCACUAAAAUAAAAUAAAACAAACAACAAUUGGUAAGGGGAACUAUUUUCUUCACAAUAAUACAUGCAGCAAGUGGUGAUUUAUUGAAUAAUCUGCUACCUUCUCCUUUCUCCUUUAACAGUCUUGCGUUUUUCCUUUUUAUCUUCUUUCAUUUGCUUCUGUUUUUCUCUAGAAAU